GUUUAUAAAUAUGAAUGAUUCAGAUAAAGAAGUUACUAUUAAUGUACGCUCUCCAUCACUUACUGAAACAUUGUCAAUAAAAAUUAAAUUAAACGAAACGGUAUUAACUUUAAAACGAUUCAUUGAGCCAAUUCAUCCUCAUCAUCCUACUCCAACAAACCAAAGAAUUAUUUAUAGUGGCAAACUACUAGACGAUUCUGACAUAUUAAUUAAUGUUCUUAAAAAGGUUGACGAUGAACUUAAUCCCACUUUUCAUUUAGUCUCGAAGCCUUCAAUUCAUCAACAACAGCAGCAGCAACAGCAGCAACAACAGCAACAGCAGAAUAACACCAUCGAAACUUCAAAUAUUCCCAUAAAUAAUGCAACACUUUCUCAACAGCAACAGCCCAACGUCCCUAUUUAUCCACCUGUAUUACCAGGAGGCUACCAAGUCAUAUUUGUGAAUGGUCAGUAUUAUCUUGCACCUGUAUUGGUUCCUUCUCAACCUAUACAAAGCCACUUUCUACAGCAGCAGCAGCAGCAACAACAACAACAACAACAGCAACCACAACCACAACCGCAUAUAGAACAACAGGCUGAACAAAGAUUUCAACGACGACAACCUUUAUUCUUUCGUAAUAUGCCUAUCUUUAUUCGUCCUGAAAAUGCUCAAAUGGCUGCAACUAUUUGGCUCGCUUUAAAGCUUGCUGUUGUUCUUUUUAUGUUAUGUCAGGGAGCCAGCAUUGAACGUAUCAUUAUUUUUCAUACUAUUGCAUUUGUAUUUUUUCUCUAUCAAACAGGGAGAUUAAGAGUUGUAUUGCGCCGCGUACGUGUAGAAGAUUUAAAUCGAAUAGCUCAAAACAACAACAAUAAUAAUAAUAAUAACAGGAAUGAUGGCGAUAUGAUUCCACAAGCACAAACAAAUAAUAAUAAUAAUAGUAAUAGUAAUAAUAAUAAUGCUGAAAGUGGCGUAUCUACUUCUAUCAAUAAUAAUGUCACUGAAAGAAGAAAUCAAGACAGAUCAACAUCAGGAGAAGAAGGUAGUUCUACUACUCAUAAUACUAUUAGAAGACCAGUAACAAGGAUGGAUGUUUGGAAAAGAUGUGCUUAUGCUUUUAUAGCUUCUUUAUGGCCUAGUUAUGGCGUAGAUCCUCGUAUUGCACAAGCCUUUGAAAAUGAUAAUAACAAUAAUAAUGAAUAAAAACUAGAUUUAUUUUAUAUGCUUUCUCUUU